CUGUAAAUCGUCCAACAUUGACGACGAUUUAUGAUUUAUGAAAAAUGAUGCAGUUUGAAAAGUUGCAAAUUUUACAAUGAGUUUGGACUUUCUUUUUGGGGGAUUUUUUGUUGAAUCAUUGUGAAUUUGGCAAACUCAAGUUCAAUACAUCUUGAAUAUAUCUUAAGGAAUAUUAGUUUGAUACCUUGUUCUAUGGCUGAGAUUCUUUAUCAAAUAUGUACUCUGUUAAUGUUGUAAGCAGCACUUGUAGCUCAGUGUGAUGUUUCUUCCUAGCUGUCUAAAGCUUGAUGUGUAUCUUUCUAAUGGUGCUUCUUUCUGCUGGUUUUUUUAUGUAUUUUCAACUAUUUCUGCACCAAGCCCAUUCUAUCUUCCAUCCCCACCCUUCGAAAAUCUGAGAUAAUGUUACUAACAUACUUUCAGUAAGGGCUAUUCAUUUGUUUUGUCUGUUAGGAUGUUGUUGAAAGAGCAAGCUCCCUGAUUUGAAAUACAAAAUACAGUGUAGAGCGGACUUGUUAAAAAAGACGAACAUUUGAGUCAUAUUAACAUACGUAGUUAUGUUCUUAUUGCAAUUAUGCGCUGUAUUAGUGGUAAUUUUAAUAGUCUAUUUCUUGCAAAGUUGCCACAGUGCUUGUAGCUACAUGUGCAUGUCUAUAACAAUUGAAAAUCUAUUGAAAAAAAUAAACAUACGAUGUGAAAGUAAAAUAAAAUCAGAUUUGCUUUGUGAUUUUUGUGUGUUUUUAUGUUAGAAUGUCUGAAAAAGUGAAAAUCGUGUAAUUAUAAUUUCUAGCUGAGCGUUUUGCAAUCAUUUAUAUACCCGUAUGACAAUGUAGUUUGGUGCGUGAAUUUUUUUAAUGAAUUCAAUGUCUUCAUUGUAUUAAAAUUAUUAUUUGCUGAACACCACUAUUUCGUAAUAUCGCCCUCUCUUGGUUGGAAACUACCAGUGUACGAGCGCCCUCUUUUGACAUUUAUUUAUGUAUAUUUUUCAGUACAUUCUGUUAACAUGUAUUUCAUCCCAGUAAGUUUUUCCUAGCUGUUCAUAAAUAGAAAGUGAAAUCGGGAUUGUAAGAACUCAUGUGAUUUUAAAUGAUCGUUUUUUUAUCAAUUACGUCAGCAAUUAUCUGUGAUUUCAUCCUAUUUUUUGGAAAAAGAAAGUUAUCAUCUGAAGACAUGAACUACACGUUCUCAUAAUACAGUACAUGUCGUGCAGCUGUGUCCGCAAUGUGAAGUAAUUGGCAAGAAUGUGAUUUUUCGAAGAAGCAAAAAGGGUCGCAAAAGAAGAAGAACGUAUGAAGCAUUCCUCUCCAAGACACAUGACACCUUCCCCUGCUAUGAGGUGGUUCAACCCGCGGCUCUUCUCCCGUCUGCCAGUCUUCUUGGUCCUCCUUGUCAUCUCCAACUUUGUGACCUAUCACUUGGUCUGUGUGAAUCGGGGAGGGGAGGGCGGGGCCAUCAAACUCAGAAGCAAGGCAGAUCAACAGCGGAGUCAGGAGACAGAGGUGGAAUCGCUGCAGCGGCCGAGUCUCGGUCAGAGUCUGAGAUUCCGGGGGCAGGUCAAUGAAGAGAAACCUCGCCAUCCAUCCAACAACCUGAUCAAGAGUGACCUCCACUCCUCAGGAAUUCAUUAUCAGGAGAUUGAGUGUCUCAUCAACAACGAUUACACAAUACAAGGAAGGCGUGAAGGACAAGAAGUCUACCUGCCAUUCUCAUUUAUUGAAAAGUACUUUGAAGUGUAUGGCAAGAUUGCUGAAUACGAUGGGUACGAUCGUUUUGAGUGGCAGCACAGCGUGGCCCGCGUCUAUCAGCAGGCACCAUACAGACCGGAGGGGGAAUUCAUGUCCUUUGGUCAUUACAAUGUGGAGCCCAGAGAAAGGGUGAAAAUGAUCAGUGGUGUGGAAGGCGUGCCUAUCUCCAUACAGUGGGGUGUCCAGGGUUAUUUCUAUGCCAUCCAGGUCUCUCAGUUUGGUCUGAGUCAUUACAGCAAGAACCUGACUGCCAAGGAACCAAAGGUCAAAGUCUUUGAGAAUGGUGAAGAAGGUGACGUGGAGAGGUGGAAUCUCGCCGAUCGAGCCAGUCGUAUUUCAGCGUUGUACGACGACGACGCGAGGUCAAAUGUCAUAGAGUUUCAGACAAGCGAAACGUUAUCCCUUGGACAAGGAGCAACUCUUCCCCUGACCAACAGACGCUUGUUUGUCCUCUCCUUUGAUUUAAUCCUGAUGGGCAACGCGACGAUCACUGUCACCGUCCAGGACGAAAAGGACAAGACGCACAGUAUUCAUUACAUGGCCAUGGACGACAAAGUGGUCCAUAAAGGAAGCCACAUCUACUAUGGGAUAGGACCAAGCCGUCACUGGCGUAGAAUCACCCGAGAUUUAUUGAUAGACUACCAGAAAGGUCUGGGACAAACCAACAAGAAAUACGUGACAAAUAUUCAAACAGUACUAGCCAAAGUACUUAAAUUCACAGUACACGGUUCCGGUCGAAUCGACAACGUGACGUUGUCCUCGUCCAGCCACAUGGCGCAGUUUUUCGACGCCGCUAACUGGUUACUUAAGAACCAGGACAGUCAAGGAGGCUGGCCGGUAAUGGUGGAGAGAUUCUUAGGAACGGGGUUCCAGACUUUGUCGCCUGGUUGGUACUCUGCCAUGGCCCAAGGCCAGGCUAUUUCAACCCUCAUCAGGGCCUACUACAAAACAAAAGACAGGAGUUACUUGGACGCUUGUUUAAGAGCGACCAAACUUUAUAAGAUGCCGUCAUCGGAAGGCGGCGUGAAAGCCAUACUUUUUGAUAAGUACACAUGGUAUGAGGAGUACCCUACCACUCCUAGUUCGUACGUCCUCAAUGGAUUCAUCUAUAGCCUGAUUGGCUUGUACGAUCUCGUGAAGAUCGCCUCGCCUGAGGAAGGCCGCGAGGCCGCACAGCUCUUCGAAGAUGGAAUGCGGUCCCUCAGAAAAUUCCUCUUGCUGUUUGAUGGAGGAACGGGUACCAUCUAUGACUUGCGUCACGUGACUCUAGGACGAGCGCCAAAUCUUGCACGGUGGGAUUACCAUGCGACUCAUAUCGCUCAGCUUCAGCUUCUAACGUCUAUUGAUUCAGAUCCCAUCUUUAAGACGACCCUAGAUCGAUGGCUGGGCUACACUAAAGGCGUCAGAGCAAAACACAACUGAUGAGAUGAUAAGACAAGUCCGUGAUGCCCAGAUCAUCUCUGGAUCAGCAAACAGUCACUACCACUGCCAUUGCCUAGUGCAUGAGACCUCGGGAUGCUGGUGAGUCAAUCAUCACUCUGUCUAUGCCAUUAACAUUCUUUGUUGUAACGACUAGCAAGGCAAACAUGGCCUGUAUGCAGGAGGGCAUUGCUGGAGUUUAGCAGACAUUAUUGGAAACACUACUUUUGUCGCAUUCAUCUGGAAUUCACAUUACCACCACUCCAGCGUGACUCUAAAUAACUCUCAUGAGGCUUAUGAAAUCCGGCCUCUUGAAACUGAUGACCCUGGAGAUUUAAUGACUGAAUUCCUCCGUUUCCACUCUCUUCAUACACGUCAAUAUCAGAAAUAGAUUUAUCAGACACAAAAUAUCGAUAGUGUAAUGAGAAUCAGACCUCGAAACAGAGCAGAAAUUGAAAGAAUAUGUGUACGUGUAACAUGUGUGUAUUAUAAAACUAAAACUAAUAUGAAAAAUGUAAAACUAUGAAGUAUUUUUUUCUUCUAAACAACAUUCUCUUCAUCAGUCCCAAGUUAUUUAUUUAUUUAUAUUUUUGGCCUGCAAAACUCUAGUAAGGGCCUGAUUGCUCAGAGUAAUUACGUAUCACUGAUAAUGUUCGCGUAAUACUUUACGACCAUGAAAUGUGUUGAGGUCAUUCAAAUUGAGUACAGGUAUGUCAUUUAAAAUUUAUUGAUUGAACGGGUAAUCCCUGAUGAUUAAUUAAUCCUACAUUUGUAACUCCCUAGGGUGAUUUACUAGGAACCUUCCUCAUCCUUGCAAAUCCCAACACCAUAUGGUAAAUUGUGCACAUAAACAGUUGGACUCUGUUUAUUUGUGGUAUGCCUAAGUUAAGGAGAAUACACGA